AUAAACUUUGUGCGAAGUAAAAUGAAGUCGCUCAUUUUAGUCGCCCUUGCAAUUCAUGCCAUUAGCGCCGUUGAUUGGAUACCGGGCCGAGGGGCACAGGUAGCAUUUGUGGAAGUGGAGGCCGAGCACGCAAACCACAAUGGUCAGUUAAUCGGUAACGACAGGCACUAUGGGCAAUUAUCAUCUGAGGCAAGUCAACGUCGGGCGGUUACCCUGAACGCCGGGGGCCAGUACGUUGAGUUCACCAUGCCCAUUGAGGCCAACUCGGUGGUAGUCCGAUAUAGUAUCCCGGACACUGGCUCGGGCAAAGAUCACGAGAUACGCGAUGCCGAUAUAGACCUGUACGUAGGCGGUGCUAAACUGAAACCGCUGACAUUUACGAGCAAGUACAGUCACUGGUACGGUAGCUACCCGUUCAACAACAACCCCGGCAGUGGUAAUGCGCAUCACUUUUACGAUAGCGUACGCACGCUAUUAGAUAAAACGUACCCGAAAGGCACCAAGGUGAAACUACAAGUGUCCGACACGGGCAAGUCACCAACGUUCACUAUUGAUCUAGCUGAUUUUGAGCUGAUCGGAGCUCCCAUCGCACAACCAUCCGGUUCCUUGUCGGUCACCGAUGCAGCCUAUGGGGCCGAUCCGACCGGUAAGACUGACUCGUCGAAAGCGUUUCAAAAAGCAGUUGAUGAUGGGGCUACUCAAAAGAAAACUGUGUAUAUACCCCAGGGUACUUACAUGAUCUACGAGCACGUUAUUGUAGACGGCGUUACACUAACAGGUGCGGGUCCAUGGUACUCCGUACUCGGCGGUAGGCACCCAACAGAUCGUAGUAAAACGUGCGGUGUGUACGGCAAAUACGUUGAGCAAGGUGGCAGCAAAAAUGUGCACUUGUCCAACUUUGCCAUUAUUGGUGACAUUAGGGAGAGGGUCGACGAGAUUCAGACAAACGGAAUAGGAGGUGCCCUCACCGAUACUGUCAUUGACAAUUUAUGGUUACAACACGUUAAAGUAGGUGCAUGGUUAGAUGGAAAAAUGGACAACCUGGUCAUCAAAAACUGUCGCAUCGAGGAUACCACCGCAGAUGGGGUAAACUUUCAUAAGGGGGUGACCAACUCGAUCGUACAAAACACGUUCCUCCGAAAUACCGGCGACGAUGGGCUAGCCAUGUGGGCAGAACAGUACCCGAACGUCAAUAAUAAAUUUAUCAAUAACACCAUGGGCAUUCCUGUUUUGGCUAAUAACAUAGCAAUUUAUGGCGGUAAAGAUAUCGAAGUGUCCGACAAUUUGGUGUACGACACAAUCUCGAAUGGCGGUGGCAUUCACAUUGCUAAUCGUUACCCAGGGGUUCAAGGCCCUACCGGGGUUCUCGGCCACCACAAGGUCUACAGGAACACCAUGUUGAGGGCGGGUAACGCGGAUUACAACUGGAACUUCGGCAUCGGUAGCAUUUGGUUUAGCGGGCAAAACGAGGAAAUUAAAAACGCGACGAUCGAAGUGAAAGAUUGCGACAUAAUUGACGCCUCAUACUCGGCAAUAAUGUACAUCGAGGGCAAAACGAACGGGGUAACAUUCGACAAUUUGUCGAUUAACGGAACGGGCACGUUCGCGCUACAAUUGCAAGCGGGUGGCGAAAAUGUUAUUAAACAUUGUAUUAUCAGAGAGAAUUGCAAGUAA